AGAUCGUGUUAUUUCCCAACAUGUUUUACAUUUACACCGGUAUCGUCCACCAAAUUUGGAAGAAGGCACUCCAAUCAAGGAUAGUCAACAACAAACCAUCUUUAUGAAACACAAUGAUACUAAUAAUAGUACCAAAGAACCUACUCCAGUUUAUAUACAAACUAAUUAUCAAUCUAUUCAACAACAAGACCCUAAUGAAGAAGAUAGUGUUGACGGUGGUGGUAGUAGUAGAUCUCUUUCUUUGAGAGCAAAGGAAAAUGAACAACAAAUUUUAACUUCAGAAUUUUUUAAGAAAUAUGUUCAAUAUGUGAAAUCUUUGCCUCAACCUACUGUAUCUAAAAAAGCAGCAGAGUACAUUGUAAAUGUAUGGGUAGAACUUCAUAAUGCUAAUAUGGCUGAACGACAAACUAGGACAGCGCCUAUUACACCUCAUGCUCUAGACUCAUUAUUUUGUUUAGCUGCAGCACAUGCAAAAGCACGCUUACGCAAAAAGGUUACUGUAAAGGAUGCAAAAGUAGCAGAAGAAAUUGUAAG